GAGGUGUUGAUGUCGGAGGGGAAUAAGUCGAGGACGGUGGCGGCCACCAAUAUGAAUGAGGAGAGCAGUCGUUCCCACGCAGUUUUCAGCAUCAUCGUCACACAGACACUCUACGACCUGAAGUCUGGGAACUCAGGGGAGAAGGUGAGCAAGAUGAGCCUGGUGGAUCUGGCUGGUAGUGAGCGUGUGUCUAAAACUGGAGCUGCAGGGGAGAGGCUGAAGGAGGGCAGCAACAUCAACAGGUCUCUUACCACACUGGGCUGUGUGAUCUCUGCGCUGGCGGACCAGUCUGCGGGGAAGGGGGGGAAGAAUAAGUUUGUUCCUUACAGAGACUCUGUCCUCACCUGGCUUCUCAAGGACAACCUGGGUGGCAACAGUAAGACGUGUAUGAUCGCCACGGUGAGCCCAGCAGCUGAUAACUACGAGGAGACGUUGUCCACGCUGCGUUACGCAGACCGCGCCAAGAGGAUUGUCAACCACGCCGUCGUCAAUGAAGACCCCAACGCACGGAUCAUCAGAGAGCUCCGGGAGGAAGUGGAGAAACUCAGAGUACAGCUCUCUCAGGCUGAGUCUCUAAAGGCUCCAGAGCUGAAGGAGAGGCUUCAGGAGUCAGAGAAGCUGAUCCAGGAGAUGACCGUUACCUGGGAGCAGAAACUACGCAACACAGAGGAGAUUGCUACGGAGCGUCAGCAGCAGCUAGAGAGUAUGGGGAUCUCCCUGGAGACGUCUGGGAUCAAAGUUGGAGAUGACAAGUGCUUCCUGGUCAACCUGAACGCAGACCCCGCCCUCAAUGAGCUGCUGGUCUACUACCUAAAGGAACACACGCGUGUGGGUGCAGACACCUCUCAGGACAUCCAGCUCUUUGGGAUUGGUAUCCAGUCAGAACACUGUGUGUUGGAGAUCAGCCCAGACGGGGGGGAGGUCACCCUCACCCCUAUAGAGAAUGCCAGAACCUGUGUGAAUGGAACCAUGACUGAGUCCUUGGUCCACCUGUGGCAUGGAGACCGCAUAUUGUGGGGCAACAACCACUUCUUCAGGAUAAACCUGCCUGGGAGGAAGCGACGUGAGCGUCUGAAGGAGCUGGAGAGGGAACGGGCGUCCCCCAGGGAGAGCUAUGUAGAGGUAGACGUAGAGACAGCAAGCGAGGCCUCCUCAGAACAGGACUACAGCUAUGAGUUCGCCCAGACGGAGGUCAUGAUGAAGACCCUGGGAAACAACGAUCCCAUGCAGAACGUGGUCCAGGUGUUAGAGAAGCAGUACCUGGAGGAGAAACGCACAGCGCUGGAGGAACAGAGGAUGAUGUAUGAGAGAGAGCUGGAGUCACUACGGCAACAGCUGUCUCCUGAGAGAACCAAUCAGCAUCAGCGAUCCAGCAGCGACCGCCUCACCUUCCCCACACACACACCAUCACACCACAGCAAGAUACGCCCCUGGACUGAGGAGAGGGACGAGCUGUUUCGUCAGAGUCUGUCCAGGCUGAGGGAGCAGGUUGUCAAGGCCAACACCCUGGUGAGAGAGGCCAACUUCCUGGCAAAAGAGAUGAACAAACUGACUGACUACCAGGUCACCCUCCAGAUCCCUGCAGCUAACCUCAGUGCCAACCGCAAGCGUGGAGCCAUAGUGAGUGAACCAGCCAUCCUGGUGAGGUGGAAAGGGAAGGGGACACAGGUCUGGACCAUCGACAAGCUGGACAACAAACUAGUGGACAUGAGAGACCACUACAGAGACUGGAAGGAGGGAGCUGAGGACACGCAUACCAAGCUGAACAACCACAAGCAGCACAGUGAGUCCUUCUAUGAAGCUCAGGAGAACCACAACCUGAUAGGAGUGGCCAACAUCUUUCUGGAGUGUCUGUUCCACGAUAUCAGACUACAGUACGCUGUUCCUAUCAUCAGCCAGCAGGGGGAGGUAGCCGGCAGGCUCCACGUAGAGCUGAUGCGUGUCAGCGGGGCGGUGCCGGACCGGCUGGAGGGGGGAGAUGACUCGUCAGAGAACUCCAGUGAGAGCAGCAUCUACGAUGUGAUGGACACUCAGGGAGAGAUGGUCCACAUGGCCAGGAAACUCACCUGCAGGGUGCGUAUCAGGGAGGCCACGGGGCUGCCUCUCAACCUGUCCAACUUCGUCUUCUGCCAGUACACCUUCUGGGAGGGGGCGGAGCCUACGGUGGCCCCGCCCAUGGUCAGCCCAGACACGCCAACCACGCCCCGCACCCCCGACGCCCAGUUCACCGUCCGCUUCGACCACUGCAAGGAGUAUGUGGUCCAUGUGACAGAGGAGUUUUUAGAGUUCAUCGCAGACGGGGCGCUGGCCAUCGAGGUGUGGGGUCACCGCUGUGCCGGGAACGGACGCUCUCUCUUGGAGCUGGACGCACUGCUGGCCAAGACACGCACCCUACGAGACAGGUGGAGUGAGGUGUCUCGUCGUAUUGAGCUGUGGGUUUCUAUCCAGGAGCUGAAUGAGCAGGGGGACUACUCUGAUGUAGAGAUGCAUCCUGGGAAGGACAUCGGUACUGGAGGAGUGUUCCAGCUCAGACAGGGUCACUCGCGCAGGCUGCAGGUGUGUGUGAAGCAGGUGCAGGACUCUGGGACUCUGCCUCUGCUGGUGGAGGCUGUUCUAUCUGUCUCUAUAGGCUGUGUGUCAGCACGCUCCACCAAGCUACAGAGAGCCCUGGACAGCUACCAGAGGGAGGAGGAGGAUGGAGAUAUGGAUAGUUAUCAGGAGGAGGACCUGAACUGUGUGAGGGACCGCUGGUCUGAGGCCCUCAUCAAACGACGAGAGUAUCUGGACGAGCAGAUCAACAAGAUCAUCAACAAACAGGAGAAGUCAGAAGAGGACAUGGAGAGGGAGGCCAGGCUGGUGGAACAGUGGGUAGGGCUGACCGAGGAAAGGAACGCUGUACUGGUGCCCGCGCCUGGCAGUGGCAUACCUGGUGCCCCUGCCCACUGGGCCCCUUCUGCUGGGAUGGAAGCUCACUUCCCAGUCCUCUUCCUGGACUUGAAUGCAGACGACCUGACAGUGAAUCAACAGUUAACGGGACCCAGCGCUGCCGGGGUUAACUCUAUCCUGCCCAAGGAGCACGGCAGACAGUUUUUCUACCUGCCAAUCAUCAGACACAGUGAUGACGAGGUGUCAGCGCUGUGCUCCUGGGACUCAUCCAUCCACGACUCUGUGCACCUGAACCGCGUGACGUCACCCAACGAGCGUAUCUACGUGAUCAUUAAAGCCACAGUGCAGCUCAGCCAUCCUGUCUCCAUGGAGCUGGUGCUGCGCAAGAGGAUCUCUGUCAACAUCUACAACAAACAGAGCUUCACCCAGAGUCUGAAGAGAAGGAUGUCCUUGAAGAACACACUGUACUCCUGUGGAGUCACCUAUGAGAUUCUGUCAAAUAUACCAAAGGCGUCUGAGGAGCCUGAGGAGAGAGAGACUCUGGCCCUGAUGGCAGCGAGGGGAGACGGUGAGGAGAGUCAGGAUGGACAGACCUACAUAGAGCAAUACACCAGAGGACUUCUGGAGGUGGAGAAUAUACUGAGCCUGGAGAGACUCAGACAGGCGGUGACGGUGAAGGAAGCUCUGUCUGUUAAAGGGAGAAACAUCAGAAGGAGCUUCAGCACCCCCAACGUACAGCAUACUUCCUGCAGCAAAACAGACCUGAUUGGCUGGGAAGAUGUAGACUGGAAGGACCAUUGUGACCUUCAUCAGGAUGUCUCUGACUGCACUCCCCAGGACGGUGGUUCUCUGUGUGGGACGCCACUCAGAAACAAGACAGAGAAUCACGGUCUGGUACCAGAGAGCCCCACCUUCUUCAACUCCAGCCCGUUCAAGGCCCUCUCUCCCCAGACGCCCAAGUUCCUCAAGUCUCUGCUGCCAGUCAGAGAGGAGAGCAAGACCAAGAGAGUCCUGGAGGCACGACCACUACUGGGACAGGAGAGCAUGCGCUCCUCAUGUGCGGACAGCUCUGUGCUGCUCCCCCCUCCCUGCUACGGCCAAGCCCCCUGGCGCAGGCCCAGAGCGGGCAGCGAGGGUCACCGCAGCCCCUCCACCGCCACCCUCACCCCCUCCACCCUCACCCUCAGUACCUGCACCAGCAGGAAGCUCAGCCUCACACUGCCUCACACCGCUGACUCUGAGGAGGAGACAGACAUGGCCCUGAGUUUGGGUCUGGGCCCUCAGGACUUCCACAGCUUCCAGUCCUACAUCCCAGAGGACUUUGCCAACUUUGAGGUGUACAACGCUGCCCUGGAGAGCCAGGAGGGGGUGGCGGGGGGCAGGGGAGAGCUGAGGGGGGGUCGGGGAGGUGGUGGAGGGGGGGAAAGAGAGGGGGCUCCCCGGAGCCCCACCGCCAGCAGCUGCACCAGCGGUUACUUCUCCCACAGUGCCUCAGACGCCACGCUCUCUGACGUGCCAUUCGGGGCCAGCGACAGCUCUGACCAGCUCAGCGCCUCCGCAGUGGCUCAAGACAGAAAUGACCCUGACCGGGAAACCCACAACCUCCACCCCCACGAGUCCCCCUCCUUCCACUGCACCAGCACGGCCCGAGGCUGUGUCCAGACCAGAAGUGUCUCGCCGUGGGGUGACACCCAGACCCCUGCGUGUCCCCCCGGCGUCCCCUCACAGCCCCUCCCCACCACCUCCCCCUCCUCUCCUGUCAGUAUUCCUAACUGCUCAGAGCAGCCACCCUCCCCGCGGCCCCGCAGGUGUGUCCUCAGCGUCAGCCAAGAGUUUACAGACUUCAAGGGGGCCGACGACGGCAUGGAGGAUCUGGGUGAGCUGGGACACUUCCAGCCUGGGGAUGCACCACACAUAUCCCCUGUCCCAGCGGAGGAGGAGAAAGGGGGCUCUGGCAGCAGGCACCAGACCUCUGACAAAGACCUGGUCGUCAUCAACACACAACAACAUACAUCUCACCCCGGUAACGCCCGGCUCCCUCAGCCCCACUCACACCUCCACAACGGCAAACAGUGUAUCGGCAGCGUAGCCGUGCCCUGCCCACCACCCUCCAGCCCGCCAGGCCAGCUAGCAGGAGGAGAGCCCCAGAUCCAGGAGCCAAUCCAGGGAGACCUACCUCCAGGGAGCCCCUGUCCCAGCCCAAGCUGCCCUAGCCCCAACCCCAGCAGCACUGAGGCCUCUGGGGACUCCUGCAGCGGGGACGAGGGCUCUGGUUCUCCGGUGGCCCAGCUGCCUGACUGGAUGGCUCCCGGGGAGCAGGUAUGGGUGGGGAAGAGGAGCGGCACGGUGCACUACGUCGGCGGGGUGGAGUUCGCCAAGGGGAUCUGGGUCGGGGUGCAGCUGGACCUGGCUGUGGGCAAGCACAACGGGACAGUCCAGGGGAGGGUUUACUUCCGCUGUCCUCCAGGCCACGGGGUGUUCGUCAAGCCCUCCUGUCUCACUAGAGGACCCCCCUCCAUGGACACCACAGACACCCAGCCUCUGGUCCGAUAAAAUUCACUAAACUCCCCAAAUUCCCAGUCUUUCCAGGAAUCCCGGUUGGAAUAUUCCCAGAAUCAGGAGGGAAUAAGAAGGAACUCCAGAAUCCUCAAACCAGCAUUUCUGGAAAACCUGGGAAUUUGGGGAAAGGAACUUUCCACCCAGGACUAUCAUCUAAAGGGGGUACCCAGAUCCAGAGCAGUUUCUACUAGACCAGACCCAGAUCCAGAGCAGUUUCUACUAGACCAGACCCAGAUCCAGAGCAGUUUCUACUACACCAGGCCCAGAUCCAGAACAGUUCCUACUAGACCAGGGCCAGAUCCAGAACAGUUCCUACUAGACCAGGGCCAGAUCCAGAACAUUUCCUACUAGACCAGGGCCAGAUCCAGAACAGUU